AUGAGCGAGGGUCUUGAGUGCACAUGUGUGAGUUCCAAGCUGAACCGUGGUAUGCAAGUCGCAGUCUCGCUACCACAUGAACCGCAAUGGCUAUAUAUCCCGAUAUAUUUUUGUUUUGGCACAGUUCUCUCGAAUGGAAUUUGUUGUGUACAUUGGAAGAUACCGAUAAGACGCUCGGAUAGAGUCAACCAAACAAUGAUCCUCCGCUGAGCAUAUGUUGUAUACGAGUCACAAAUGGCGCCUGCCGCCUGGCUUCUGGGACGCAAGCUCUACGUAGCUCCUUCGCUAUC